UCAAAGUAAGAGCAGCUGAGCAUAGUGGAGCACAGCUGAGCAAAAGAAUAAAAAUGGCUUCUUGGACGAAGUUUAUGCGCUCCUUUUCCAGAAAAUAUUCGACGGAUGCUCCUAAAUUUAGUGGUACUCAUGGCGCUACAGAGCAAAUGCAAUUGAUGUGGAAGAGGAUCUCGUUUUUCGUAGGCUUACCAGCGAUAGGUUUGGCUAUGGUUAAUUGCUAUUUGAAUCAUCAAGCACAUCAUCAUGAUGAACAUCCAGAAUUUAUCGCAUACGACCACAUGAGGAUAAGAACCAAGAAAUUCCCAUGGGGAGAUGGUAAUCACAGCCUUUUUCAUAAUUCUAAACUGAAUCCUCUACCCGAUGGUUACGAAGAAGAAUAAAAAGUGGUUCUUUUAGAUGGUAAUAAUUAUGCUUCACAUUAGCAUUCUUUAUAACAUAUAUUAUAACAUGUAUGCAUUAUAUUGGCUUAUGAACAAUUGAGUCAAUAAAUGAUAGAUAUGACAUUUA